AUGAGUCUCACAGGAGAGAAACCACAUCUGUGCUCUGAGUGUGACAGAAGCUUUACAUAUAAAUCCCAUUUUCUCACACAUCAAAGGAGUCACACAGGAGAGAAACCAUUUACAUGUUCUGAAUGCAGCAAGUGUUUUUCCCAAAAGUCAUCUCUUGUUAUACAUCAGAGGAGUCACACAGGAGAGAGACCAUUUAUAUGUUCUGAAUGCAGCAAGUGUUUUUCCCAAAAGUCAUCUCUUGUUAUACAUCAGAGGAUUCACACAGGAGUGAAACCAUUUACAUGUUCUGAAUGCAGCAAGUGUUUUUCCAAAAAUUCAUAUCUUGUUUCACAUCAGAAGAGUCACACAGGAGAUAAACCAUUUAAAUGUUCUGAAUGCAGCCAAUGUUUUCCCUGGAAGUCACAUCUUGUUAUACAUCAGAGGAGUCACACAGGAGAGAAACCAUUUAUAUGUUCUGAAUGCAGCAAAUGUUUUCUCCUCAAGUCACAUCUUGUUGUACAUCAGAGGAGUCACACAGGCGAGAAACCAUUUACAUGUUCUGAAUGCAGCAAAUGUUUUCUUAUCAAGUCACAUCUUGUUGUACAUCAGAGGAUUCACACAGGAGAGAAACCAUUUAAAUGUUCUGAAUGCAGCAAAUGUUUUAGCAACAAAAUACAUCUUAUAAUCCAUCAGAGGAGACACACAGGAGAGAGACCAUUUACAUGUUCUGAAUGUAGCCAAUGUUUUUCCGUAAAAACACAACUUGUUUUACAUCAGAGGAGACACACAGGGGAGAGACCACUUAAAUGUUCUGAAUGCAGCAAAUGUUUUGUAUGUAAGUCAAGUCUUGUUAGACAUCAGAUAAGUAAGCACAUAAAUGCUCUGAGGACCUAA